CCUGUAUAAUUUGUUCCUCCAGUUAUAAUCUAAUAAUAUAGCUCUUUAAUUUUAAUUGAUUUGCGCGUUUAACCAAUAUCUCCAACGGCAAUAUAGCCUGGAAACUCAAGGAUUCCCCGCCAAACCCCUCCAAAAUUGGAUCGCACGUCUUCCUUGAGAAGUUUUGACAGCUUCAAAAUGGCUUCUGACCUAUCCCCCUUUUUAUCCGGAGGAGUUCUUCAAGGAAAACCCUCCCCUUUCCUUCUCCGUUCUUUUCAUCACCGAACAUGGCUGUCCCUCGUGACGUUUUCCUUCCCUGUUUUCCCUUUUCGGAUUGUUAGAACUCUUUGUCUUUCUCUGUGUCUGGGAAACCUCCGCUUCUGGGUUCUCUCUCUAUUUCGUCAUUUCUUUGAUUCUGAAUUUAGUUUACAAGCUCCCAUGGGUGAUUUCAGCAUCUGGAUUUUUAUUUAUUUUUUCUUUUAUUUUUUUUUUCUGGGUUUUGCUUUUGUUGUUGAUGAAAUCUUGCCCUGUUAGAGCUUCAGAAUUCCCAAUGUUUUCAUGGUCUCCUUUUAACACAUAUGACGCCCAGCCCAGAACAGAACCUUGACAUUCUUGAAUGUUAAGACGCUUUGAAAAAAUCGAUCGGUUCAGACAAGGUUUUUGAAGGUUACCUUACCUGUGUGAUUCAGUUCUGCAUUCUGGAUUUUGAGGCCUUCUUUGUUCUGAGACAAAAGGGCUGCUUUUGAGAAUUUUGGAACAAUUUCUGGGUCUCUGAAUUUACUACUCUAGAAGGCCAAAACAUGAGUUGCUUUUCGUGUUUUUCAUCCCAUGGAAGGAAAUCAUCCAAGAAGAUAAGAUCCAAUGGUAGUAAUCAGAGACCUGUAGCUCAUAAAGAAAGCAGUGCCGUACAUCCGUCAUUGCAGGACGACAAACCAAAGACCCAAGCUGAAACAGCAAACAAAAAGGAAGCUCCUAACAAAGUUGCUAAUGGUAACAUUGCAUCCCAAACUUUUACUUUCCGUGAGCUGGCCACAGCAACAAAGAAUUUUCGGCAGGAAUGUUUAGUGGGUGAAGGUGGAUUCGGAAGAGUCUAUAAGGGGAAACUUGAGAAUACUGGCCAGAUUGCGGCCAUCAAGCAACUGGACAGAAAUGGACUACAGGGAAACAGAGAGUUUCUCGUGGAGGUUUUAAUGCUGAGUCUUCUCCACCAUCAAAAUCUGGUCAAUCUGAUAGGCUAUUGUGCUGACGGAGAUCAGAGGCUCUUGGUGUAUGAGUAUAUGGCAUCAGGAUCUCUUGAAGAUCAUCUACUUGAUCUUUCGCCAAACCAAAAGCCACUAGGCUGGUUUACAAGACUGAAAAUAGCAUCAGGGGCUGCUAAGGGUUUGGAAUAUUUGCACGAUAAGGCCAACCCCCCUGUUAUAUAUCGAGAUCUGAAAUCAUCAAACAUCUUGCUGGAUGAAGAUUUCAAUCCAAAACUCUCUGAUUUUGGUCUUGCCAAGCUUGGACCUGUUGGAGAAAAGACACAUGUAUCAUCACGGGUGAUGGGGACAUAUGGUUACUGCGCCCCAGAGUAUGCAAGAACAGGUCAGCUGACUUUGAAGUCGGAUGUAUACAGUUUUGGAGUUGUUUUACUGGAGCUAAUAACUGGACGAAGAGCCAUUGACACCACAUUGCCAACAGAGGAGCAAAACCUAGUUUCUUGGGCACAACCCAUAUUUAAGGACACCAAAAGAUUCCCAGAGAUGGCUGAUCCACUCCUUCAAGGGGACUUCCCAGUCAGAGGUUUAAAUCAAGCAGUUGCAGUCGCUGCCAUGUGUCUUCAGGAGGAAGCAUCAGCCCGCCCUUUGAUGAGUGAUGUUGUCACUGCUCUUAGUUUCCUAUCAAUGGCUCCUGAAGAAGGGGUACCUUCACCUGUUCCUCAUCCUGUUCCGUGUUCACCUUCUGAGGAGAAAGUGCCAAGUGAGGAUGGAGAUCAUCAGGGUGAAAACAGUGCAGAAGAACGUCAACGAGCUGUAGCAGAAGCAAUAGAGUGGGGAUCAAAUUCAAGGGCAAACAACAAAAGAAUCAGGGAUGGAAGAGGUUCUUCAUUGUAAUAUAUUCAUCCUGUCCUAUGAUAAUGAUGAAUGUAUCAUAUUCUGUUACUCUCUUCCAUGGAUCCUUUCUUCUACAAAUCUCUUAUAUUUCUCUGUCAGUGUAAGAAUCAUAUUUUGGCUAAAAGGUAAGGUAGCAUUGUGUGAUUAA